AUGGCAGGACUUCGCGUGGUUGACGUACGCGUCGAUCAUUAUCGACAGCCAUACACACUCGGUAUUCACGUGGAACGUCCUCAGAUCUCUUGGCGCUUCAGUGACGCCUCCUCGAAAUUCAACCUUGGCAGUUGGGAAGUCAAGAUACAGAAGCCUGAUGGCUCUCAUUCGGUCAUAAGUGCCCCGUCCGAUAGCCACGGGAUCAGCUCAUCGUCAGCCGAAUGGCCCGAAGACAUCGUUAUACAGUCACGACAAACGUACUCGAUAGAGAUCAGAGCCAAGGACGAAAACGCAACUGACUUCUCGCCAUGGAGCGAACCAUUCUCUUUUGAGACUGGUCUUUUAGUCCGCAGCGACUGGACUGGCAAUCUGAUCUCAGCACCGUGGGCGGAAGAUAGCAAGAACAGCCCACAACCGGAGGACUUGUUCCGAAAAGUCUUUGAAGCGAAGAGCAAAGUGCGCUCUGCACGGCUUUACGCUACGGCCCAGGGUGUCUACGAAGCCGAGAUCAACGGCCAGAGAGUUGGCGAUUACUUCUUGGCCCCUGGUUGGACGGCAUACGACGGGAGGCUACAGUACCAGACUUACGAUGUCACGGCACACAUUGCAUCGAAUGCGUCGAAUUGCAUCGGUGUACGCUUAGCCGAAGGAUGGUUUAAUGGUCGUAUUGGCUUCGAGGGUGGCAAACGAAGUAUUUGGGGCACCCGCACUGCGGCUCUUGCACAGCUUGAGAUCACCUAUGAGGAUGGCUCCAUUGAGAUCGUAGUUACCGACGUUAGCUGGACGACUACCCGAGGGCCCGUCAAGCUCGCAGAGAUAUACGACGGCGAAAAGUACGAUGCUACUGCGGAAAUUUCGGGUUGGUCACGCAGUGAUUCGCCUGCCGGGAUAUGGGAAACCGUCCAAGUGCUUCCCCAGCUCCCGGAAACGACAGACCUCAUCUGCGGCUACGGAGAACCGGUCAAGAGACUUGAAUAUGUGAAGCCAUUGGAAUUGAUCACGACCCCUUCGGGCAAGUCAAUCUUGGACUUCGGCCAGAACCUGGUCGGAUUCAUCCGUAUCAACAACGUCAAAGGUCAACGAGGGAGCAUAAUCACUCUACUGCACGCGGAAGUCCUAGAGAAAGAGGAAUUAGGGACCAGACCUUUGCGAGACUGCAAGGCCGAGGAUGUCUAUACUCUCAAAGGCGACGAUAGCGGCGAAACAUGGGAGCCGCGCUUCAGCUUCCACGGCUUCCGUUACGUCCAAGUCGAGGGCUGGCCUUCCACCGCCCCAGAUCUCAAAGACGCGAUUGAGGCCUGCGUGUGUCACACGGAUAUGGAAGAGGUCGGUCACUUUUCGUGCUCCGACAACGACUUGAACAAGCUCUACAGCAACGUCCGGUGGUCGAUGCGCGGCAAUUUCCUGUCCGUGCCGACUGAUUGCCCCCAAAGAGAUGAGCGCCUGGGGUGGACGGGCGAUUUGGCGUUGUUCGCGCCCACUGCGACCUUCAUCUACAACUGCUUUGGCAUUCUGAAGAACUGGCUGGCCGAUGUUGCCCAUGAUCAAAAGGCUCUGGACGGCGUCCCUCCAAUGGUGUGCCCGAACGUGCUCAUCGGGCAGAAGAAUUGGAGCAAGAUUGGCGCCAACGCGAUUUGGCAUGAUGUCGUGAUACUUGCCCCGUGGGCACUUUACGAAGAGUCUGCCGAUCUUGGUAUCUUGAGAGAUCAAUACGAGUCCAUGAAGACUUGGAUAGAUGUGAUUCCCCGGAACAAGACCGGUUCUACCCAUUUAUGGGAUUUCGGCCUGUUCCAGCUUGGUGACUGGCUUGACCCCAACGCCCCUCCCGAUGAGCCAAUGAAGGCCGUGACCGAUCCGCCUCUGGUCGCCAACGCCUUUCUCGUCAGGUCUCUUGACCUCAUCACCAAGAUUGCCGCGCUCUUGUCACAACCUCAAGACGCCGAACGCUAUCAGAACGAAGCCGAUGCCGCCCGUCGGGAGUUUCAGGACGAGUACGUCAGCAGCAACGGACGUCUCACGUCAGACUCGCAGACGGCAUACGCCCUCGCUAUCUGCUUCAAUCUCAUUUUGGAAAAUCAGGCAGCCAGAGCAGGGAGUCGGCUCGCAGAGAUUGUCCGCCGAAACGGAUUCAGGAUCGGCACCGGGUUCGCUGGGACACCGUACAUCUGCGAAGCUCUUACUCGGACUGGUCAUAGCGAUGUAGCCUAUGCGAUGCUCCUUAAUCGCAAGUGUCCUUCCUGGCUGUACCCCGUCACCAUGGGAGCAACUACGGUUUGGGAGCGCUGGGAUAGUAUGUUGCCCGAUGGCACCAUCAACCCUGGCGACAUGACCUCUUUCAAUCACUACGCCUUUGGAGCGGUUGCCAAGUUCCUUGUCGAACGACUUGCAGGCUUGCAACGCCUGGAGCCUGGAUGGAAGCGAUCGAGAGCGGAGCCGAUCCUGGGUGCAGAGUUUUCGAAUGCUUCUGCCGAGCAUGUCACGCCAUAUGGAAAGGUUGCUUGCGCAUGGAAGUUGGCUGACGAGGGAGAAGGGCGUCUGCGACUCAGGGUCGACGUGGUGGUGCCACCUCUCACUGAGAUGGAAGUAGUUUUGCCGACCAAGGAUGGCAAGAGGGUGGAGAUGGUUGGGUCUGGUGAAUGGACAUUUCAGACUGAAUAUGAGCGCAAGUACGAAUGGCCGGUCAAAGAAUUGCCUCUCUUUCCGCAGUAG